CGCAACAGCUUCGAAUACGCGCCACGACUUUUACGUUGUUUUGUGUGUGCAAUCUGAACGCACACAUAAUUUCUCAAAUUGCUGCGGACGUUUCAGAAUCAAUAAAUCGUACACUUUUUCGCUUUGCUACCUCAAUUCUUUCCAAUCUACUUCAUUUAUAUUCUAUGUCACACAGUUCAAUUUCAACACAAUUCGGAGUGUCUUUGAUUUUACGGACUGCUUAAUUUCUACUAACUUGAAUUAGAUUACUGUCUCACAAACGCCGCCAUGCAUUGUGCCAGGAUUAUUUCUUAUCUAAGACAAACUGUACCAGGCCCUCGAAGAUCAAUCGCAUGUUUGGCUGCAUUAUCAGAUACGCACCAGAUGCUGCAGAAGACAUGUCGCGACUUUGCCGAUAACGAAUUAUUUCCGGUUGCAGCCAAAAUCGAUAAGGAACACUACUAUCCCACAGAGUUAAUGACGAAAAUAGGUGAUCUUGGACUUAUGUCAAUCGUUUUAAGUACAAAAUAUGGCGGAACAGGAUUGGAUUAUCUCGCGUACGCCAUUGCCAUGGAAGAGAUUUCUCGCGGUUGCGCGUCAAUCGGUGUGACCAUGUCUAUUCAUAACUCACUAUAUUUAGGUGUACUGGAGAAAUAUGGGACCGAGCAGCAAAAGCGGAACUUUAUUCCCGGCUAUAUAGAUGGGCGACAGAUAGGAUGCUUUGCGUUGUCCGAACCUGGGAACGGUUCGGAUGCUGGUGCAGCAUCGACUACCGCUGUGUUAUCUGGUGACCGAUGGGUGCUCAACGGUACUAAGUGUUGGAUAUCAGGUGGUUACGAAGCUAAGGCAGGCAUUGUUUUUGCCACCACCGAUAAAAGUUUGAAGCAUAAGGGAAUUUCAGCUUUCAUUGUACCCAUGGAUUCCCCAGGAUUGAGUCGUGGUAAGAACGAAGAGAAACUUGGGAUUCGAGGUACUUCGACGUGUCAACUGAUUUUUGAGGACUGCGAAAUACCCAGAGACAAUUUGAUCGGUGAAUCAGGACAUGGAUUCAAAAUAGCAAUGCAAUCUUUAGAUGCAGGGCGCAUAGGAGUUGCAGGGCAAGCUUUAGGUAUUGCUCAAGCAGCUCUCGAAUGUGCGGUGGAUUAUGCCGGAAAACGUCAUGCAUUUGGUCAACCAAUUAGCAAGUUUCAAGCGAUUCAGCUGAAAAUUGCAGAUAUGUCCGUUAAGCUGGAAUCGGCUCGUUUGCUCACCUGGCGAGCCGCUUGGUUAAAGGACAACAAGAAAUCAUUCACGAAAGAGGCAGCACAGGCAAAGUUAGCUGCUUCAGAAACGGCCACAUUUUGUGCUCAUCAGUGCAUGCAAAUCCUCGGCGGAAUGGGCUAUGUGUCAGAUAUGCCCGCAGAACGAUAUUAUCGAGAAGCAAGAAUCACAGAAAUCUACGAAGGUACCUCCGAAAUACAAAGACUUGUUAUUGCUGGGCAAAUCAUCAAAGAGUUUAGAUGAUUUGACUUUUUGUAAUUAUAUUUUUUGGAAAUUUUAUUUUGUAAUAAACUUAAAUGUGUGA